CUCCAACUGCCUCACACCAGCCCAUCACAGUAGCGACAUGGUGUCUACAAUCUCCGUGGUGGUGGCAUGCCUGGUGGCGGCGGCAACAGCGGCCCCCGACCUGUCCUACCUGCCCCCAGCUGCUGGGGGCGGCGUUGGGGGUGGCGCUGGGGGUGGCUACGGUCGCGGAGGACCCGGCGGCGCCGGUGGUGGCGGCGGUGGCGGUGAUGGACCAUCGGAGCCGGCCAACUACGAGUUCUCCUACGAGGUGCAGGACGCGGCCGCAGGGCUCGACUUCGGCCACAAGGAGUCCCGCCAGGGUGACGUUGCCAACGGCAUGUACCACGUGCAGCUGCCCGACGGCCGCCAGCAGCGCGUAGAUUACGUGGCCGACGAGCAGGGCUACCGGCCCAACGUCAAGUACGAGGGCACCGCCACCUUCGGCGGCCCCGGAGGCGCCUUUAAACUUUACUUCUAA